CUUACAGAGAAGCAUUUAACAUUUGCAAAGCAUUUCAGUACGAACGUUCGUUCUAUCAACAGCUGUUGGUCGCUGCAAGUCAAUACAAAACGAAGGUACAAGCGUUCAGGCAUCCAGCUUCUUCUCAUUCCGCUAUAAAAAAUUCGAAGGACAAUUAUUUCCAAAAACAUGCUAAAGAAGACGUCAAUCUUUAUCGUUGCGAUCGCCGUUCUGACUAGCGUACUGUACAUGCCAAACAAGUACAAUAAUCUUUACGGCAAUGAUAUAGAAGGAUCAAGGUUAAUAAAUGUGCUCAGACUAGGUAAGGGAAUCCUAGAUUUCUGGACACAGAGUGAACGUUAUUUAGCUCAACAAGUAUCGGACACCACACCGCAAUUCGGAGAGACGUUUGAUUUCAUAAUAAUUGGCGCUGGCACAGCUGGUGCGACUGUAGCCGCGAGAUUGAGCGAAAUUUCUCAAACUAACGUGCUACUAAUCGAAGAAGGAAGCCAUGAAAGACUGUACAUGGAUGUCCCGUUAUUUGCUAGCUUUCUGCAAAGAAUGAAUUUCAAUAAAAAGUAUCGAACCAAGUCAUCCGACAAGUACUGCCUGGGCACGGAAGGCAACAGUUGCGUUUGGUCAACAGCGAAAGUAGUUGGCGGUGGCAGCGCAGUAAAUUUUAUGAUAGCAAGUAGAGGAGGCGUAGAGGACUACGAUCGUUGGGCCGAGAUGGGAAACGAGGGUUGGGCAUAUAAAGACGUUCUCAAAUAUUUCAAGAAACUAGAAACGAUGCACAUAACAGAGCUACAGUCGGAUACUGCCUAUCAUGGAACCGACGGGCCGGUGCAUAUCACCCAACCAUCGUUUCGCACGCCAGUGGCAGAGGCAUUUCUCGAAGCGGUUAAGGAGCUGGGAUAUCCAUCAAUAGAUUACAACGGAAAGAGCGAAAUGGGAUUCUCAUAUAUGCAGGCUACGAUCAUGAACGGCACUCGCAUGAGUAGCAAUAGGGCGUAUUUGAGCCCCGCGCGAGAUCGCAAUAAUCUUCGCGUAAGUCUUGAGAGCACGGUCACAAAAGUGCUGAUCGAUCCUAGUACCAAUCGUGCAAUCGGCGUAGAGUUCGUCAAAUAUGGUCAAACUAUACGUGUGUUUGCAAACAAAGAAGUGAUUCUAAGUGCAGGCGCCAUCGGAACACCUCAAUUGAUGAUGCUAUCCGGCAUUGGACCGGCGAAACAUCUUACCGAACUAGGGAUAAGCGUCGUCCAAGAUGCACCCGUCGGCGAGAAUCUCAUGGAUCAUGUAUGUUUCUAUGGAUUGGCAUGGGCGAUAAACGCGUCUACAACUAUGCAUAUCCAUGACAUGAUUAACCCUAUUAAUCCAUAUGCAACGGACUUUUUAACAAAGCAAACGGGACCUUUGACGACGUCGGGCGGAUGCGAGGUUAUCGGUUUCGUCAAUACCGGACAAGCAGAAAAACAUGACGGUUUACCAGAUAUCGAACUAUUGUUUUGUGGUGGUACAUUUGCCGAAAAUAAUGUGUUUCAAAAAGCAUUCCAUUUCAAAGAAGAUGUAUGUCAGGAAUGGGACAAAUUUCUUCUCACGUAUGGUUGGAGGAAUGUGGUAAUAUUGUCAAAACCAAAAAGUCGUGGUAGAAUAACGUUAUUGGCCAAUGACAUUAAUGUUAAACCAGAAAUCGUGUCCAAUUAUUUCGAGCAUCCAGACGAUGUCAGGACGAUGAUCGCCGGUAUUAGAACUGCAUUAAGUAUUGGCCAGACGAAGACAAUGCAAGCACUUGAUUCUCAGUUGGUGAAUUGUACUUAUACCGAAUGCAACGACUACGUGUAUGACUCUGAUGCUUAUUGGGAAUGUGCGAUAAGGACAUUAUCUUCCACGAUCUUUCAUUAUUCUGGAACUUGCAAAAUGGGGGCGAGAGGAGACCCGACCGCUGUCGUCGAUCCUAAAUUAAAGGUGAUUGGCAUUCAAGGAUUACGUGUAGUAGAUGCAUCCAUCAUGCCAGAAAUUAUAUCGGCGCACAUAAAUAUACCUAUUUUUAUGAUCGCCGAGAAAGCCGCAGAUAUGAUCAAAGACGAAUGGGGUUACUUGGAAAGUCAUGAUGUUAAUAAACUUCACGAAAUGCAAAGGGAAAUAGAAAAGUUUUCGGAACGAAAUGAUACAAAUGGCACAACAUGCGUGUAAAGUUACAAUUCGUUCCACCAAAUAGUUCAUUUUUUUUAUAGAUUUCUGAAUAAACUUGUUUGAGUGAUUUUUUUUAAAGAAAAUAAGGCAGAUAUGAUCGAGGAAGAGUGGAAUUGUUUAAAGAAAACACAAUAAAAAUAUACUUUUAUGGAGUAA